UAUGACAAAUCCCUCAUUUUAUUGUGUAGAUUUUCUUCCACUAGACCUCUGUCAGUCCAUGCCUGCUGCCCAGCAAUGGCCAUCAUAACUGAGGAGCCACAAUCACCGCCGCAGCUCCGCCACCGCAAAUCCAAUCCAAAACCACCCAACCCCGCCUCGCCGCCCUCCACAUCACCACCAUCCAAAUCCGCAGAAACCACCGUGAACCCAUUUCACUUCUGGUUCUACUUCACCCUCCUCGUCUCCCUAAUCACCCUCUCCUGCGUCCUCAUCUCCUCCUCCCUCUCCCAUCAAGACCCCAAGGCCUGGUUCCUCAGCCUCCCCCCACUCCUCCGCCGCCACUACUCCAAUGGCCGAACCCUCAAGGUCCAAACAGCCCUCAAUCACCCCCAAGUUGAAGUCUUUUCCAUCCAGCAAGGCUCAAUCGACGCAGAAAGCCGCGUCCUCAUCGUCCACGGCGCAGGUUGUAGCUCCUUCUCUUUUCAAGAUGUUGUUAGGGAGUUAGGCAGUAGGAAGAAUGUGCGCGCUGUAGCGAUUGAUCUCCCGGGAUCCGGUUUCUCGGAUAAAUCGGUUGUUGUGAUGGAGGAGAGUUUAGGUGGGAGUGAUCCUUUUAGCAAGAUGUGGGAUGUGUAUCAGGAGAUUAGGGAAAAAGGUUUAUUUUGGGGAUUUGAUCAGCUUGUUGAGCAAGGGUAUGUGGAGAAUGAGGUGAAGGUUGUGAAGAGGGAGAGAGUUAAACCUAUAGAAUUGGGGAGUGAAGAAAUGGGGAGAGUUUUAGGGCAAGUGGUGGAUUCGAUGGACCUGGCUCCUGUGGAUUUGGUGUUGCACGAUUCGGCCUUAGGGCUGAGUGCCAACUGGAUAUCCGAGAACCGGGGAUUGAUUAGGAGUGUGGUGGUUCUUGAUGGUGCUCAUAGUGGGAUGGCGUUGCCUCUUUGGGCUGUGGGAGUACCUGUGGUGAGGGAGAUUGUGUUGGGAUUUAGGUCUGUGUUCGAGAUGGUUCUUGGAAAGUGUUGUGUGAAGUCAGUUGUUGCAGCCGAGGCUGAGGCGCAUAGGAUUCUGUUGAAGGGGAGGGAUGGGGCAAGUGCUGUGGUUGGGAUGGGGAAGAAGCUGAAUUGUAGCUUUGAUUUGUCUGAAUGGAGUAGUCGGGAUAGUGUUAGAGGACUGCCAUUCCAAGUGAUUUGGUCUGGUGGCUGGUCUGAUGAAUGGACCUCUGAGGGGCGGCAAAUGGCUGAUGCUCUUCUUCAGGCUAAAUUUGUCACUCAUUCUGGCGGGCGAUGGAUGCAGGAACAUAAUUCAGAGGAGGUAGCUGAGAGCAUCUACGAGUUUGUGUCCUCGUUACCAAAACCAUCCAGAGAAGUCGUACAAGAAACGAUCCCUAAUCAUUCCCAGGACAAGUAUACUGAUAAAAGCAACCACCAACACGACCAAGGCCACGGGCACGGUCACAGCCACCAUGGUCAUGGACACGGGCUCGGCCACCACGAGCAUGCUGGUUACAUGGAUUCAUAUGGUAUGGGGCAUGGAUAUGGCAUGUGAUUUCAUUUUGUUGGUCUCGUUCAUGCUCCCCCAAUAGUGGCAUUUUGGACAGAAUGAUCUUUGUAGCAUUAGUGUUUGUUGUAAUUUUAGCCAAAUUGGCCUAUAAAUUAUUCAUUUUCUUGUUUUA